AGGACUGUUGAUGAAGACACGAAGGAGGACUAAUUUAAUAUUUCUGCUCGGAGCCCAGACAGUACAGUGGUGCUGAGGCUGGUGCUAGGACAAAGGGCGUACAGAUAGGUGCUGAGGCCGAGUGAAAAGUGACCAGAAGCUAGGAUGCCCUUAAGGGAUAUGACCACCAAGCAGGAAAGGGGAAAUCAGGCAGAGGCUCACUUCCUGAAAGUAGAAGACAGGGAGAACCCAGCAGGUUUCUCAGGACAGUAAUACCCCUCCCUUAUCCCACCUGCCCCUAUUUUUAGGCGUAUGUGUUUUUAAUUAACAUUGUGCAACCUAUUUUGUAGGAUGCAAGAAAUUUUUUACCCUCUCCACUAAGAAUUAAUCUAAGAAUAAUUAGGCAAACCAAACAUUCCUUUCUUAAAAUAAAUGAAGUCUUUUUAUCCCAACCUCUUUGUUCUUUUCGGAGCCCUGGUGGUGCAGUGGUUAAGAGCUUUGCUGCUAACCAGUCAGCAGUUGGAACCCACUGCUGCUCUUUGGAAACUCUAUGGAGCAGUUCUAUUCUGUCCUAUAGGGUUGCUACGAGUUAGAAUCGACUCGACAGCAACAGGUUUUUCCAUGGUGCAGAAAGGAUCAGAUGGUGUGACUGGCUGUCUUGGAAGCCUCACUUGGCCGUAACUCAAGGAAGUCUCUCCGACCCCAUCUUGUUUCAGAGUUGCUUCUUAAGCUCCUUGAAGAAAAUGAUGUGACUGUUCAUAUCAGAAAGGAUUUUUCAGAAACAUAUCACAUCUGUGAAGAAAGUGAUCCUUUUCCCUUCUGCAAAAUAAACAUUCUCAAAUUCCAAAAUGCCAGCCAAGACCCCAAUUUACCUAAAAGCUGCCAAUAACAAGAAGGGAAAGAAAUUUAAACUAAGGGACAUUCUGUCUCCUGAUAUGAUUAGUCCUCCCCUUGGAGACUUUCGCCACACCAUUCACAUUGGCAAAGAGGGCCAGCAUGACGUUUUUGGGGACAUUUCCUUUCUUCAAGGCAAUUAUGAGCUUUUACCUGGAAACCAGGAGAAAGCACGCAUGGGCCAGUUCCCUGGGCAUAACGAGUUUUUCCGAGCCAACAGCACCUCUGACUCUGUGUUCACAGAAACGCCCUCCCCAGUGCUCAAAAACGCCAUCUCCCUCCCAACCAUUGGAGGGUCCCAAGCGCUCAUUCUACCCUUAUUGUCACCAGUGACAUUUAAUUCCAAGCAGGAGUCCUUUGGCCCAGCAAAGCUGCCCAGGCUCAGCUGUGAGCCUGUUGUGGAGGAAAAGGCUCAGAAGAAAAGCAGUCUGCUGGAGAACGGGCCAGUCCACCAGGGAGACGCCUCGUGGGGCUCCAGUGGUUCCGCGUCUCAGUCCAGUCAGGGCAGGGACAGCCACUCAUCCAGCCUCUCCGAACAGUACCCCGACUGGCCCACCGAGGACCUGUUUGACCAGCCAGCCCCAUGUGAGCUCAUCAAGGAAAAGACAAAAUCGGAGGAGUCCCUCUCGGAUCUGACCGGCUCCCUCCUCUCCCUGCAGCUUGACCUGGGGCCCUCACUUUUGGAUGAGGUGCUGAAUGUCAUGGAUAAAAACAAGUAACAGGACACCAGCCCUUUUCCUCUGGGGCGAAAGGUACUGAAGAGCCAAAACUAACCACAGUUGCAGAGGAGAGCUUCGCUGGCUAUAUCUGCAGUUGUGCCAUGGGUUUUCUAAAAUAACGUUCCUAGGAGAUAUUUUUUUACCUAUCGUGUUAUGUCCUGUUUGCAAAAAGUUUUAAAAAGGAAAAAAACUAUCCUGGCAAAAAGAGGAAAUGAGUCAGCCAGAGCCCAUUUUCGGUGGGCAUUGCCGACGUUCAGCUCACAUUGUCUUUGCAGAUGUGUAAGUAAGGAACCUGGCUUGGCUGGGAUUGGCACUUAGGAAGGGCUGGGCGAGGCACGGGAAGGAACUGUACAGUACUGCAGCAUUUUCUGAGCAAGAGGAAGUCAAAACUAUCUAACACCUAAGCAUUUUUUCUAGACUCUUUUCUAUAUUAUAUCGUUUGGGCUCAGCAUAGCGAAUUCUCCAGUGUUAAAACUUUUCUCUGUUUUCACUUUGAAUAAUUUUAUGGUUUGGGGGAUUUUCUUGUAGUUCUUAUAUAUCCUUAUAUAUUAUAGCUAUAUCGCAAAAUUUUGACCGUCAGCUACGUGUUGGUAAGACACAAGCAAAGUAUUACUGUAACUAAGUUAUUUUUAAAGUUAAAAUAUAUUUUUAUGUGCCUUUGGCUUUUUAUUGCAGAGUCUACAUUUUACAGAUAUUGCAUCCAAUGCCAUUUGAUUUGUUUCCAUUGGGGUUCCAUUGUAAGCUGUGUGUGUACGUGUUUGGAAAAAUGUAUUCAUACUUAGCAUUAUUUUUUUUUCACCUGUUGUCAUACUUCUCACAGCAGCCAACAAUGGAUUGUAAAGUAUGAAGGCACAGGUUACUCACGAUGCUUCUGCAGAGACUGUGGGUUUCACCACAUAAUGUAUUUGGAAAUAGGGGUAUUUUAGUACAGUACAUUCUUGCAUUACAUAGGUACUUCAUACAACACAAUAAAGAGUAAAUGUUGAAUCGAAGUUGCUUAUUUAUACAGAAGAGUGUAAUAGAAGAUUUCUGUAAGUCUAGGGCUAGAAAAAUUGCUUCUCUAAAAUGUGGGUGAGACUUUAAAACAAGGUAAGAUAUGGUUUCCAUCCACUCUAAUUUUCCUUAUUUCCUGAAGAUUCGAGAUUGCAGAAAUGGGGCCCUUCAAGUUUAGGAAAAAUGUACAUCUGAGACCAGAAGUUUUUUUAGAGCCAACACUGAUGCCAACCUCUCAAGGUUUACUUCUGUGACUCUCCUCCCUUCGCUAACACUGAUACAGCCAACACUUGUGACCCCAGUCCCAUCCCUGCAGGACAGAUGUUUGAUACCUUACAGAUGAGGUUAAGGAGGCUAAAAGGGCAGUAGACAGCACUUAAAAAAUCAAACCCAGUUGCCGUUGAGUUGACGUGUGUCAGAGCAGAACUGUGUCCCGGAGGGUUUUCAGUGGCUGGGUUUUUGGAAGUACAUGACCAGACCUUGCUUCUGCAGCAUCUCUGCAUGGACUUGAACCUCCCACACUUCAGUUAGCAGCUGCGUGCACUAGCCAUUUGUACCACCCAGGGACUCCAGAGAGCGCUUGCCCCCUCCUUCCCUCCCCCACAAGGACCCAGAGAUUCUCUAAGGAUGUUGGUUAAGGAAACAGGAACAGGAAAUGUACACACUGAUUCCUGUGCCUUUGUCAACCACCUCUUCCCCGACCAGGGAAAAACACCUGCACGCAAUAACUGCCAACUCUGUCUUUCAAACUUUGAUUUCUCCUUGAAAUGUAUCUCAAAAAUGACCUCACCAUUCACUUCAGAGGUUCUCUCACCGCUUUUGGAGUUGUUUGCAAUUCUGCCACCUGAUCAUCUGAAAUAACCUUUGAACUGCAGGUGAAAUGCAGUUAGGGUGACUAACCAAUUAGAAGAGUUCCCUUAGAGCAUUGAGUGUUACUCCACAAUUUUCCAGUUGGGUUUCUUUAUCCCAUAACUUUCUAGUGUUUUUUUCAACAACACCCUACUCAGAGUUCACAGUUCCAAUAGAGACUCCCCAGCUUCUUCUCAGUCUCGUUACUGAGGACGAGUUCAUUUAUCUCAUAAUUUUUAGCCAGUUUUAGCUACUCUUUCAAAACCUUCCUCCAUCUUAAUUAUUAUCGAUCAUAUUAAAUCUCUCAUUUUACUCUUCAUUUGUAGUGUAACCUCAAGGAAAAGAUGAAACAAAUAGGCUAGAUGAUGAAGACUGUCAGUGUGUAUUUCAUCUGCUCACAGGUCUGGAGACAGUUAUGGAGGUGCAAGUAAGACAGAGUUGUGUUUGUUAAUCAAAUAAUGCACCCUGCAUGUAUUUAGCCAUGUUGCUCUUUCCCAGCCCUUUCACAUACCCUCUCCCCCAUCAGUUUAGGUAUAAUUGAGUUGACAACAAACAUGCCCCUACUGGAGAAAGGAAACAAAGCCACAUCCGGUUUAUAAACUAUUUGUUGAGUCAUUUCUCCCUUGGCAGCCCUUCUAAUGUCUGGUCCCUUCUCCAGGGAGCAGGUGCAGAGCUGCUGGUGUUUUUCCUGCAGAGAAACACUUUAGAAUUGCACCUGCUGAGAGCUGAAUCCAUGUUCUCUCCAGCCCCAUGAACACUCUCCCACUUUUAACCUAAGUCAUCUUCACUUGUUUAUAGUCGAGAAAACCCAAGAUGCACUUUACCUGCAAGUUCAAAGAGAAUGGAAACCACCAGAAGAGAUCCAGCUGUUUUUUAAGUAGAGGUGCUUAUUGUAUCAGGCAAGGUUAUUAGUGAUCUUCUCCCUGGGUGGCCAGACCUAACAAAGGACAAGAUAAUUUCUGCCUAAAAUUACCUGCUUAAAAUAUCAAAAUAUUAGAGUUACUUAGCACUUCACAAAUAUAAAGUCUUAAAUGACGUUUUAGUGAGCCAAAAUCAACAUCUAAACACUAAAGGCUAAAGUGAUUGAACAGAAAACAGAACCUGGGUUUCCAGAAUCAUGGUCUAGUUCUGUUUUUAGAUUACUGCAAACCACCAUUUUUUUUCAAAGCUCCCUUCAAACAGUUGAAUUCAUGAAAUGGAGGAAAUCCAUGAAUCCAUGAGUUAACAAUGGGUUCAAGCAUAAUAACAAUUGUGAAGAUGGCACAGGACCAAGCAGUGUUUCAUUCUGUUGUACAUAGGGUCACUGUAAGAACCAACUCGUUGGCACCUAACAACAACAACAUGAAUUAACUUGAUAAAUACUUAGAGCAUACAAAAGAAAAAUUAUACAUUAGGUGAUGAUUCUGAUCCUCCUAGUAUGGAGCCUGGUAAGACUGAAGCAUUUUACUAUAAAUAUAGAAAGACAAGAGGAUGAGCCAACACGAUGAUCUCUCUCCAAUAAGGCUUUCUUCUUUGGAAAUUCUGUUAUCAACCUAGUCCCAAAUUUAGCAGUACUAUAUUUUUUUUCUAUUGAACAAAAUUCUUGGACUUUAGAUUCAAACCACAGAUCUUUUGGUUAGCAGCCAAGCUCUUAACCACUGUGCCACCAGGGCUCCGGUUUAAUGUCCAGACUAACAGAAAUGAUUGACUUCUUAAACAAGUCAGUGAGCCAUAUAAAUAGGGUUAUUGGGUACUACCCUUAGGUCCCCAUCCAAACUCCAACAAAAUAAGAAUAGUUUCCAGAUGUCAAUGGUAAGUCACCAUUAAUCCAAACAGGGAGCCUUCUAGUUUGUCUGUCUGCAUGCGCCUCAAGGAAGUCAUGGUACUCAAAACUGGCAUUCACUCAUUAGCUUAUUGGUUCUGGCUGUACAAUUCAUUUAUCUUCCAAAGAAGAAGAUGGUCUCCCUGGUAUAUUUUGUGACAUGCCUGUUUCAUCUGACUGUACCUAGAACGCCACUUGCUGUAUUCCAGUGGUAUACCAUUUUACCUGGUGAGCCUUCCAUCUGAGGAUAUCUAAUUUUCAUCUUAUUCUUAGAGCAAGUGCUCAUUAAGUAUAUCUAAAUAUUUCUCACUUGGGUUGUCAAGGAGUCAUGAUUCGUGGUAAAGAUGCUACAGAGAAUAUCGUGUAAAAGAAUGGAAACUGCCUGUUUUAUGAAGUUAUGUAUAACACAAUGAAAUCUGUUUUACAACUAUUACGCUGCAGUUAAUUAUCUUCCAUUUUUACUUUCAAAAAUCUGAUACUGAUGUCAGUUUCAUUGGCUUCCAAAGAGUGGUUAAUAAGCUUUAUCCUUUAAAGGUCAACCAGAUUUCCUCCAUGGAAAGCAGAUUGACAUGGGUGAUAGAAACAUCUGCUCAAAGCACAGCUAUUAUACAAAGUAGAAUAAUUAUUACAGAGACUCAUCACACAAGCAGAGAUGUCUGCCAUACAUCAAAAUUAUCAAAGCUGAAUAAGUGAAGUGGGUAUUAUGUUCACCAUAAAAUGGUUGUUGAAGUAUGGCAUAAUGCAUGCAUGGGAUUCAUUACCAAAAGGAUCACUGGAAAAAAAAAGAGCUUUGUAUUUUGAGAAUUGAUUCAUGGGAGAGAAGGACCUAAAAGGGGGUCUUGAGGGACUGAGAAGAUUUGUUUAGGGGUAGGGGGCAUUUUAGGGAGGAAGAAGGUUGAGUAGAUAAAAGGAUACACACUAUCCUAGUAAUCUACUCAAAACAGUUCAGGAACAAAGAUUGUAGAAAAUGUCAGUUAUAGAGCUGCAAAAUUUGGGCCCAAGGCCCUUCUGGUGGAGGAAGAAAAAGUUGGGUAAUCCGAGCUGCUGAACAGGUGCUUCCCAAGAUUGAAAUUUUAUAUAAGUGGCUGCCAUCUUGUGACAGCUCACAUCCAGUUGAUAGUGACCACUCCAACCUCAAGGCCAGGUUA